AUGGAACAAUUGCUAAACCUACGCAUGGCACCACGGGAAUCCAUCGACGCAAUCACAGAUAGGUUUGAACGACUACGCCGAGCUGCAAAACGGGAAAACGAUGUUAAAACAGCAACACUCCUCAGACUAUCGCUAUUACCAAAAUUGCGCCCCGAAGUUGCUAGGUUACUCCUAAAUGUACCCCUAUCAAUUACAACUAUUAAAGACGAUGACACUUCCAAUGCUCGAACCAACAAUACUGUAACAAUAUCAGCGCAAUUUCAUUUACACGAUCCCAGCCCAAUUUUAACCGCGAUCGUGACACCAAAUCUGCUUUGGGAAUCAAUAAAAAUUCUACUGGUAACACAAAAAACAGAUAUGAAUGCGCCAUACACCGCUGGGGAAAUCAAUCAACUGAACAGUGUAAAAUACAAAGAAAUGAUGGCACAACAAUGUCAAAAACAGCCAAAUUUCACAAUUAUCUCCACUGCGGCUCCGGAAGUAUCAAACCCCAGUCGCACCUUCCGAAGCAAAAACAUAUGCUUCAAUUGUUCUGCCAACGUUCCCUGGUCCCCAGAACACGCAUCUGUAUGCACCCGCGACAAGCAAUAG